AGCAGCUACACUCCAGCUCAAAUCAAUCAAUACUACGAUCGCAUCAACCUCCCUCAGGCAUACCGCCAUGAACCCGGCAAUGUCAGCACAAAGAUCGCUUCCAAUACGUCGACCGGCCUCGACUUCCUGAGCGCUCUCCAACGCUACAACCUCGCCCACAUUCCAUUCGAGAAUCUGGACCUGCACUACAGCUCCCACCACAGCAUCAGUAUCGAUGCUCAGGGCAUAUUCAACAAGAUUGUAGUCAAUGCAAAAGGAGGACGUGGUGGAUACUGCAUGGUCAACAAUGCCCUCUUCGCCAACGUCCUGCGUGGGCUCGGUUUCCGCGUCACCAGCCACGGUGCUAGGAUCAGUAGCUCUGUGAGCGCGGCAAAGGAUAUCCCUCUCGACCAAGUCACUUUCUCAGGCUUCAGCCACAUGGUCAAUCUCGUCUCUUUCCCAGACGACCCGGACCUGAAGUACCACGUCGAUGUCGGAUUCGGAGGCGGUGGUCCUACCUUUCCUGUCCCUCUCAAACACGAUGAGCAUGGCAGAUUGAAUGUAGAGCCGAACCAGUGGGCCAGAGUCAUCCACUCGCCCAUUCCAGGCACUGCCUCGGACCAAAAGUUCUGGGUCUAUGAGAAGCGCAAUACCGAUCAGAAUUGGUCUCCUUGCUACUGCUUCUCAGAAACCGAGUUUCUUGAAGCUGACUUCAAAGUCAUGAAUUACUGGACUAGCACUUGCAAGGACUCUUGGUUUACGCAUAUACCUGUUUGUCUCAAGAUGCUCUUGAACGAAAGCGGUGACAAGAUUGUGGGGCAGAUGCAUGUUCUCAAGACUGACUUCAAAAGACGAGUUGGUGAAGAUGCGUUAAUCAACAGAGACCUGAAAUCGGAAAAUGAGAGGAUCAAGGUCCUCGAAGAAGAGUUUGGCAUCCCACUUAGUGAAGAAGAAAGAAGUGGCAUCCACGGCAGGGACUCCGAAAUA